CCCGAGUCCAUUGAUUUCUGCCUUUCUGCUCGGUUGUCGAGGCAGCACCUUCCUCCCCUGGCUGGAAGCCCAGCCAGGCAGGAGCAGGCCAGGGAGGCCGGGCUUAAUUUUAAAGCAGUGUCGCCAGUGCUCAUUUGAGCAGUCUCCACGGUAGUCUGGCGCGAGGAAGCCGCUCUGGUCAGCAACAGUUUAGAUGGGGGCUUAUCUGAGUCAACCUGUGACAUCAAAAGCAUCCGCAGAAGGAGGCAAUGGGCAUGUCAAUUAUGGAAGCAGUGCGAUGCAGGGAUGGCGAACAGGAAUGGAGGAUGCGCACUUGACAGUCGUCGACCUUCAAAAGAACACCCAUCUUUUUGGAAUUUUUGAUGGUCAUGGAGGUCACGAGGUUGCCAAGUUUGUCAGCAGGCACCUGCACACAUCGUUGCUGGAGACAGAUGCAUAUGCCAAAGGCGAUCUGUCCCAGGCACUUGUUGAUGCGUUCUUACGCAUGGACGAACUGAUGCUCGAGGAGGACGGUAGAAAAGAGCUGCAAGCUUUGGCAAGAGGAGAAGACCCUGAAGAAGAAGGAAAGAAGAAGAAGUUGAAGCACAAGAGAAGCGCACCCCAACUGGAGCGCUUGGAGUCAACAUCAAGUGGAAGCAACUUGUCUGAUGAAGAGAAGGGGGGUGUAGCAGGGAAGAGAAGCAAUCUGAGUAGCGCACCACAACCAGAUUCUGGAGUAGCCAGAGAGGGCGGACUGGAGGCAUCAGAGGAUGGUACAAGUGGACACGCGGGUGUCAGUGAGAAGGACACAGCGGAAGUUGAUGAAGCUGAUAGUGAGGCUGUAACAGGACCAAGGGAUGGCGAAUGGGAGGGCGCCGAGGAGGCCCAAGCCAAGGGAGGGAAGAAGAAGGGCUUCCUGUCAAAUGCCAUCAAGGGCAUCAGUCAGAAGGUCCUCUCAAACUCGAAGUACAAAGGCCCGGCAGCUGGGUGCACCGCUGUUGUGGCCCUGAUGCAGGGGGACAAUCUUCUCGUAGCUAAUGCAGGGGACUCACGCUGCAUCGUCUCAAGGCGCGGGCAGGCGAUCGAGAUGUCAACGGACCACAAGCCCGACAACCCGGAGGAGAGGGCACGAAUCAUGAACGCGGGGGGUUUCGUGUCAGCUGGCCGUGUAAAUGCUAGUCUCAAUCUGUCACGUGCAAUUGGCGACAUGGAGUAUAAGCAGAACGUCAGCCUGCCCCCCAAGGAGCAGAUAGUCACCGCAUACCCAGAAGUUCGCAGCCUCAAGCUAGAGCAGGGUGACGAGUUUCUUGUGUUGGCUUGCGAUGGCAUCUGGGACGUGAAAACAAACCAGCAGGUUGUAGACUUCGUGAAAGAGAGACUUCAACAGAACAAGCCGCUUCCGCGGAUAGUGGAGGAGCUUUUUGAUAAUUGCAUUGCCCCCAACACGUCUGGCACCGGUCUAGGUUGUGACAACAUGAGUGCAGUCGUGGUUACAUUACCCUCCGACCUGAGCAAGUUAACCGGAGAGUCAGCGACAAAGUGAAGCUUGCGCAUCUUAGUUUAAUGUGACGUUUAAAAUCUGGACUGUACAGAGUCGAGCUGUCAAACGUGCCUUGUUAAACCAAGCGAACUUCUCAAGCCUAUCUUAUGUCAAGAAAGAGGCCACGGCAGCUUGUGUAAGCAGGCAAAAUAGGGAAGGGAGUGACUCAGUGAUGCCAGGGGCUCCUUAGCAUUGGAUCUUAGAUUCUGAAAAGUGUUCACGCAAUAUUCACAUCUGGCUGCCAUUCUGAAAACCAUAGAAGACGUGUAUUCGGUGCCAGCAACGAGCAACAAGUCUGCUGUACGUAGAGGAUUGUCAUCAUGCAGUGCGCAUUGGCAGCUUCCUCGAACCUGAAAGAAUUUGCAUUUGGGCCUGGGAAUUCAAC